CAACUCUAUGGUAUUUAUAGGUGAGCAAUUUGUUUGGAACAUAGAACAUUUGGGGGAAAGCUCCUUGUUGUUAAAGGAAGUUCUGUAUCACUAAGAUGAAGAAACUCUUCAUAUUCUUACUGUUUACUGUUUUGCUUUUUGAAAAAUAUGCAAAUACUCAGACAUGUGAAGUUGAUAGAGCGAUUGAAUCGAAGAUUGAGAAAAUAAUUGCUUCCACAGAGUCUUCAUAUCAGCCAAAGGUCCAGCUGUAUUGCAAAAAUGUGAUAGCUCAAGGUGGUUUUGCCAGUUGUCCAACAGGUUAUAUACCCACUUCAUGUUCCUGUGGAAUGCUUUGUGGAGCUUGGAAUAUUCGUGCUCAUGACUUAGUUUGUCGCUGCAAAUGUCCCAAUAUUGACUGGACUGCAGCCUGGUGCUGCAAAGUCUCUACUGAUGGCUACUAAGCUUCAUUGAUGGGAAGUUGGCUCCAGCUUCUGUGCUCAAUAAAAAUAUGAAUCAA